AUAAAAAUUAAAAACUAAAUUGAACUGAAAUUAAAAUAAUUUGAAGAGAAGAUGGCCUUUAUUCAUUUUGGAGUUUUGGUCGAUGAACAUGUAUUUUCUCAUUCCAUUCCUUCGAGUAUUUCAUCAUUCAAAUAGAGGUAAACUGUGCCUUAGUUAUAGUGGCACACUCUCUUGUCGCUCUCCAAUGGCUUCCCCUCCUCGGAUUCUUCUCUCCGGCGAUGUCAAUGGCCGCCUCUCUCAGCUCUUCAAACGCGUACUCUCGGUGAACAAAUCAGCAGGACCCUUCGAUGCUUUGCUAUGUGUAGGCCAAUUCUUCCCAGAAUCAGUUGAUCAAUUGGAGGAAUUCAUGGAAUACACCGAUGGGCGUCGUGAAAUUCCUAUACCCACUUAUUUUAUCGGCGAUUACGGCUUUGCUGCACCUAAGGUUCUCUCUGCUGCUGUUAAAGACCCUGGAAAUCAAGGGUUUAAGUUGGAUGGUUUGAGAGUUUGUAAUAAUUUGUAUUGGUUGAAAGGCGGCGGCAAAUUCACACUUUUCGGGUUGUCUGUGGCAUACUUAUCUGGUAGGCAAUCACCAAGUGGACAACAAUUUGGAACAUAUAGUCAGGAUGAUGUGGAUGCAUUGCGGGCAUUGGCUGAGGAGCCUGGAAUAGUUGAUUUGUUUCUGACUAAUGAAUGGCCUCGUGGGGUUACAAAUAGGAUUGCAACUAAUGAUUUAUCACCUGGGAUAUCUGAUUCUCUGGGAAGCGAUUCCACUGUAGCAGAAUUGGUAGUAGAGAUUAAGCCUCGGUAUCACAUUGCAGGUUCAAAGGCCGUCUUUUAUGCUCGUGAACCAUACUCUAAUGUUGAUGCUGUGCAUGUAACCCGUUUCUUUGGCCUUGCUCCCGUAGGAAAUAAAGAGAAACAGAAAUUUAUGCAUGCAAUUUCACCAACUCCAGCAUCAACUAUGUCAGCAGCUGAAAUAAGCACAAAACCUCCUAAUACAACACUAUCCCCAUACACAGUUGUUGAUGCUACACCUAGUACAGAGACUACCAAAAGACCAGGGGAUAGUUCUCUUGAAGAACAGUAUUGGCGUUAUGAUGUUAAAAAACAAAGGAAAGGAGAUGGAAAUGCAGAGAAACUCUGUUUUAAAUUUUUGUCUUCUGGUUCAUGCCCACGAGAAGACAAUUGUCAUUUUCGGCAUGAUCCAGAGGCAAGAGAACAAUACCGAGGAGGUGUAUGUUUUGAUUUUCUUAAUAAAGGAAAAUGCGAGAGGGGCCCAGAUUGUCAAUUUAAGCAUAACUUAGUUGAAGAAAGUGAAAUUAAUUCAAACAAAAGAUCCAGAUCUAAUAGUGCAACUACUAACAGGUCAAAAGAAUGCUGGUUUUGCUUGUCAAGCCCCAAUGUGGAGUCCCAUCUAAUUAUUACUGUUGGAGAAAACAUAUACUGUGCAUUGGCGAAAGGCCCAUUGGUUGAUGACCAUGUGCUCUUAUUACCAGUUGAGCACUCUCCAAGUACUUUAUCUCUACCUCCAGAUUGUCAAAGAGAACUUUAUAAAAAUCAGAGCAGUCUUCGGAUGUACUGCAAAGCCCAAAGUAAGGAAUACAUCUUCUUCGAAUUAAUAUCUAUUCGAGGAACUCAUGCCAAUCUCCAGGCAGUUCCUAUUCCGCAGACCAAAGCAUCUUCUGUGAAGAAUAUAUUCAAUUUAGCUGCUAAAAAGCUGGGUUUUGAGUUUGAGACAAUUAAAGGUGAUGGUACUUCUGAAGCAAGAGAGUUGUUGAAAGCUAAAUUUGACGGCAAGUCUGGUUUCUUCUAUGUGGAGUUACAUGAUGGCACUAUAUUGGGACACUCUAUAGAUGAGAAUGAAAAUUUUCCUGUUCAAUUUGGUCGUGAGGUUAUGGCUGGCCUGCUCAAAAUGCCUGAUAGGGCUGACUGGAGGAACUGUAAGCUUAGCAAAGAUGAAGAGGAGAAACUGGUGGAAGAUUUCAAAUCUCGGUUCAAGAACUUUGAUCCCAAUGAAGAUUUCUGAAUUUGACUCGGAAUGUGAUCUCAAUGAGUGACUGUAGAGGAUUAAUAGACUUAGAAAUUCCGCUUUAGAUCUCAUUGAUCUGCAGGAUUCGUGCUGCAUAUCAUUGCAGGAGUGGUAUACGGUGUAUUAUUGUUCACACCUUGACCAAGAUAAUGCGUACCAACUACACACUUGCCACUGGGGAAGUUCUCCUUGUAUCUUCACUGGAUCAUUGCGGCAUUGCCAUAUACGGAUUAUAUGCUAUCAGAGUCACAUAAUGCUUUGAAGUCGGCAUGCAAUUUAUUUUGAGCUGUAAUCUUGAUAUACUCUCAUUCUGAAUUUUGUUGCUCGUUCACCAAAAUCUAAUUAUAGAAAUAUAUUGUUGUAGAAUUGAUUCACUAAAGCUGAGUAAUGGAUGUAAUUUUGGAAUGUAUCAUUGUGUGAUUGUGUCCUCUGUAUAGUAACAUACUAGUAAUUAGGUUAAAUUUGUAUACAUAAAGUGUUUGCUCACCCUUGGGUUUUAUUGUAAAAUAAAGAAUUGUGAGUAUUUAAAUUAACUGAAUGAUUUUUCCUAAAAAAAAAAAAAAAAAAAAAAAAA